AUGGAGAAAGGGGCGAUUACUGACGGGCAGAUUAGUUCUUCGUCACAGCUUGAUGCCAACCAUGAAACCAGCCAGGGUAGACUGAACUUAAAAGGAUCGUGGUCAGCUUACGCUAAUGACGCUGAGCAAUGGCUACAGAUUGAUCUAGGUAGCAAUCCUAUCACUGUCACACGGGUGGCAACGCAAGGAAGUAAUUUAAAGAGCCAGUGGGUAAUAAAUUACACGCUGAAAUACAGCGACGACGGUUUGAAUUUCCAGUUGUACAAACAACAAGGACAAAGUCAGCACAAGGUUAGACAACUCUGCAGACAUUUAUAUUGUGGGGAGUUUGUUACUUUUUUAAAGAAGUGA